CCAGGGGGGUGCAGGGACCCCAUAAGGACCGGGGACACCCAAGGGAGAGGUGGAGGCACCCAGAGGGGGGGUCAAGGACCCCGGAGGGGGCACAGGGACCCCAUGGAGGAGGUUCAAGGAUCCCAUGGAGGGGGUGCUGGGACCCCAGGGGAGGGUUUUGGGACCCCAGGGGGUGACAGGAGCCCCAGAGGGGGGAUCAAGGACCCCGGGGGGGGGCACAGGGACCCCAUAGAGUUGUCGAAGGACCCCAUGGUUCAGGGACCCCAGGGGGACACACAGGGUCCGUGGGGUUGGGGGGUGUCAGAAGGGUCCCCCCUGCUCCCCCAAGCUGCAGGGUGUACUGACCCCAUGGGGGGAAGGGGGGGUGUCUUCCCUUGCACCCCCAGGUUCCGGGGGUGGGGGGCACCCCAUGGCGGCGCGGGGGGGCUCGGUGCUGGAGCCGGGCUGGCUCCUCUCCCCCGCCGGCCGCCCCUACCUGGACUCCAUCCUCCAGAAGAACCAGCGCAGAGUGUUUGGUCUGCUGGAGCACCCGGUGCUGCCCCCCACCUUGGCCGCCCCCACCGUCACCUACAAACUCUUCCUCUCGGGCAAGAGCGGGGUGGGGAAGACCACCUUGGUGGCCACGCUGGCCGGGACCCCCGUGCCCCCCGUCCACCACGAGACCCUGGGUAGGUGA